AGUUUGUCUUAUAUCGCGUGUCUCCGAACUUUUUGACUAUUCAUGUGAGAGCAAUUACUUGAAUCAGAUUUGGGUUAUGGUCACGCACUAUCCCUCAAACCAGUAAAGAGCUUGGAUAAGAGUAUUCGUUUAUUUCGAACUAUUUGACUUCCUCGUUACAAAGCAACAACAUGAAUGGUGUAAUCGAUAUAAACCACUGAUUAAGGUUCGCUUUUAUUCAUUCAAGUGGGGCAGUUUAGUCUAUCAACAUCAUGAGAGGAAGCAUUCUGUUCUUUUUCUAUUCCUUUCAAUCCACUUGGGCCGAUUUCAAAGUGCAAAGCGUCGCUUACAAAGGCAUUAAAAAUGUCUGGUACGAGGGGCCUGCUCACAAGUCCAUUCAGAUUGGCAACGAAGGCACAGGGGUUGAACUUUUGCAGCAAAUGUGCGCCAACCAUUGCACGGUGGAAGACGCAUGUGACGCUUACUACGUAGAGAGCAAGUCUGGCAGCAAUUGUCAUCUGGUGAACGAAAGACAAUAUCCCAACAUCAAUCGAACCAUUGGUCAUGGCUGGUCAUCCACGAAGGUAUAUUUUGUCAAGAUUUACGGAGAACCCACUUCAAACAUUCCUCUACCGGAUACAUUGCUGCCCCCAUGCGAUAAGGAUGAGUUCACUUUGUCUGAGAGUGAAUGCAAUGCGUUCCCACCCAACCCAAUGACGAUUUACCAAUGUCCAGCCUCCACCUCCAACUACGAGAACACGGUGUCCUUGAUAUCAGAUGCCAAAUGCGGCCAAGAGAAUCGCAUCCUCCAAUGCGAGCUCUCCCGAGGGACAGUCACAUCCAAUGUCUUGGACAAAGAAUUUUUUGACCGGAUUUUCACGAAAACGGCUUACAUGUCCACUAGUUUGACAGUGGAAACUCUGAGCUAUAUCAUGAUGGACUUCAUUUUCUCCCCGGUUCAGAUCAGCCGGGUUAUCAUCAGAACCAUUGAUGUGAAUAUCGAGCGAUUGAACCAAGUGAGUUUGGUGAUCCAUAGUCACAAUGCGACCAACCAACUAGAUGUGGAUUUGUCUUCAAGCAGUCUAAAUUGCGCUGUUAUGAUUAAUUUCGCCUACACCGAUACACCCUUGGCGAAAAAUGCCACCGGAUUGGAAAUGAAGAAUUUCGAUUGGUGGGGAUUCGAUCCCAAGGGAUUCAAAAUGGACUUGUUUGUUAUUGAUCGACGGUCUCUGACAAGCAACAAUUGAUCAUACCAAUACGAUCAUCAUCAUUACAAGAAAUAAAGUAGUUUUUCCCCGCUAA